UACCAAAAGCAGUAUCCCCGAGCUACACUCGGGCUUACCAUGCGGCGUUGCUCAGGGAGUCCCUGCAGCACUUACCUUGUCCUUCACUCCCACAUGUGUCCCCUGCAGCAUCCCCAGCCAUCUCCUCCGGCCGAUGCUGGCAUCCGGCUUCCGUGUUCCGGUCCCUGUGACGUCGGGACAUACGGGCGCCAGAACCGGCAGCAAAUUUGAAAUUUUUAAAAAAUUUUCAUUUUUUUAAAAAUUAUUUUGUCCCGAGUGCUUUGUCCGGCGCCCUGCCUGCAUUUUGACUGUUCUUUCUG